AUGGUUUUGCUGCGUGCUCUUCAUUAUGGCUUUAGAUUUCUACAAGAAAAUUUCAACGUUGGUCACCAUUUAGAACACUUUUGUUUGCUACGCUGUGUUGAUAUUGUUUCUCCGGCCAUGUUGAUUCACCGUCCACGUUCGGGUGUAGAGAUCGGCAUCAAGACGCUCGGUUUGAGCGUGAUGCUUACGCACAUGGUUGGGCUGAUGUACGACUUUACCCAGCAGGACGACAUCCGCGUUUCGAUGGACAUCUUCUGCAUGCUAUCCUUGUUCACAUCCCUCUUUGCUCGCCAUCUAUGUUUGCGCCAGUAUCAGUCGCACAUCAACGCAUUGGAGCGGCUAGAUAAGGAUCCGACCUUUGAAAGAGACUUACCGUACGCCGUAACGAUUCGCCACCGGACGGUAAUGCAAAACAAUCGUUACAUUGGUUCGUAUCUGGCGUCUCACCUGCUAUUUGUGAUAGUGUACGUGGUUCAGAACAUGGUGACGGAGGAUUCAUUCGUGAAGAUCAUCACCCACUUUCCGAUCGAUCUGUCCGAAUAUGCACCGAUACUUGACACACUGGCUCAACUUUGCUAUAGCCUCAUCGGUUUCGGUUGGGCUUGGUACCACGCGUGCGGACAGAUAACCAUUAUCGUGCUGGUACGCUUCGCCAUCACCGAGUUUCAGGUAUUUCUUCACUCGUUGGCCACAUUUGACGAUCAAAUACACGAGCGACUACUGCUGGAGACGGACGGUAACGUAGAGCGUGUUCUUCGCGAGCUUCUGUACAAGCACGCACGUCAACACUCGCAUCUAAUAGUGGUGUUAAUGCACCUUCGGACGAUACUGCGUGCCUAUUCGCUAGUGCACUUUGCCUUCUACCUGAACAUGAUGGCUGCUUUUUUGGCGCGCGUAUAUGUCAUACCCGGCAGCUCUUCGCUGGGUAUGGCCAUUCCGCUACUGGUAACAAUGGUUUUCUUUGUGGAAACCUUCGGACUGUGCAUGUUGGUGGAGGAGUUGGUACAGCUGAACCGCAAGGUAGCCUUUAAUUUGUACGGAUUCAGCUGGACUCGGUAUCUCCAUUACGGGCACACCAUCAAGCGCACCAUGAUGUUGAUGAUAAUGCAGGCAACUAAUACGAAAGAUUUUUCCGCCGGCGGAUUGACGACCGUGUCGGCCGAAUUGUUUGCCAAGACGUGUCGUCUCGUAUACACCAUGAUGAUGGCCAUGGCUAAUUUAGCUUCUUAG